AUGGGUAGCAACGCGAAGCUUUAUCCAGGAAAUCAAUUCUUCAAAUCCUUUACCAAGACAUGGCACAACAAGUCUUACCCCCAAAUUUCUCCCGCCCGGCCCGAGCUAGGGACCCCUGGCAGAGUCGUCUUCAUUACGGGCGGCGGUAGCGGCAUCGGCAAGGCCACUGCAAUCGCCUUCGCGCAGGCUGGUGCCAAAGUCGUCGUUAUCUUCGGGCGUCGUGUCGACAGACUGCGAUCGGCUGCCGAAGAAAUCCGCAAGGCCAACCCCAAUGGGACAACCAGCGUGAUUUUUGAGGGGGUUGAUUUGAGCCAGCGUGUCGCCGUCGACGCCGCCUUCGCCAAUGCUGUCAAGCAGGCUGGCGGAGCUAAGAUUGACGUCUUCAUCCACAACGCCGGUAUUCUCCAGACACUCGGCCCGGUCGCCGGCUACGACGAGAAGGAGUACCGCACAGGUCUGGAGUUGAACAUGAUGGGCGCGUUCAACACGGUCCAGGCCAUGUUGCCCCUGCUGGCACCCAAAGCCAAGGUGUUCAACGUCUCGUCGUGCAUUGCACAUGUCCUUCCCAUGCCUGGUUCCUGGGCCUACGCAGCAACCAAGGCGGCAAACACGAAGAUGUUUGACUACCUGCAGGCUGAGAAUCCGGAUUUCCAUAUUGUCAACGUCCAGCCCGGCGUCGUGGACACCGAUAUCAACGCCGGAACGGAGGCGGCAGGGGUGGGGCAAGAUGAUGUUGAACUCCCUGCUCACUUCCACGUUUGGCUUGCAUCCCGUGAAGCCGAAUUUCUCAAAGGAAAGUUCGUCUGGGUUAACUGGGAUGUGGAUGAACUGAAGGCUCGUGCCGACGAGAUCAAGAACUCGCUACUCUUGAGAGUGUUGUUGAACGGUGUGCCAUUGUAG